AUGGCUACCCACUGGACUGCGGCUGUUCCACGCCAACAUCCUAAAGUUGAAAGAAGUUCAAUCAUUGACGACGAAGAAUGGCAGUUCCUUUAUGAAGAAUCUGAGAAGCUUUUGAAGAAAACCGACGAUUUGUUUCAGAAUUCCAUUCGUAAUACAAUAGUAAAAGAAGUCUUGAACGAAACGUACGAGGGAGAGAUAACUGGAAGUAAAUACCUCCCACAAAAUCUACCUCUUGCUGGUGUUAGGAAGAAAAAGGAGUUUGUAAUGUGGUCAGGAAGCGACACAAUUCUUGGUGAAGAUUUGGUCAAAGACAUCAAGUCUGGAGAUUGCUCAAAGAUACGACUGAAGGUUGGUAAAUGUGCAUUAGUUACCUGGGGGGGGGGGGGGCAACUCCACAAAAUUUUAUACGGGGAGGUUCCGCCCCGGGGUCUAAACCUUUUAUAAAGCAUUCUGGAAAGAAAAGGUAGCCCAUUUUGUAUACCUUUAACAAAAAAAUGGUACCACAUACUAGUUCAAAACGCUGAAUCCUUUAAAAACCAGCGCAAAAAUAUACGUGUUGUUGUGUGGAGGAAAAAGAGAGUGGGGUUGAGCUUGGGGAGAGAACGAAAAAAUUUUGGGGGGGAGUGUUAAUAAAAAAAAAAAGGUGGUGAUUUGUGAAAAAAAAGGAGGGGUGGCGUCGUUUGAGAGUUGUUGUGCGGGGGGGGGGGGGGGGGGGGGCAACUCCUCAAAAUUUUAUACGGGGAGGUUCCGCACCGAGGUCUAAACCUUUUAUAAAGCAUUCUGGACAGAAAAGGUAGCCCAUUUCGUAUACCUUUAACUAACAAAUGGUACCACAUACUAGUUCAGAACGCUGCAUCCCUUUUAACUUCUGUCGGAAGUACCACCCGGAUUGGUUAUCAGUGUUUGAUAAUGAAGAUAACUGAUAAAUAUAUGCCUAACAUUUGUUUUUACUGCACUAUGAUAUAUGUAGUCUGAGUGGCAGUGUGAGAAGGUGGUCCCUACUGAUGAUGGAGAAAGCAUUUGGUUUGCAAUUGUGAAGGAUCUCCUAGAAAAGAAGAGAUACCGUGUUUAUGCCAAAGUAUUUGUCCUGGCUGGAGGUGCUAUUCUUACACCACAAAUCCUGUUUAAUUCAGAAAUCGAACCUGAGGCCCUUGGGCACUACCUCUGUGAGCAACCCAUGGCUUUCUGUCAGAUUGUUCUGAAGCAAGAAAUUGUGGAUAGCAUCAAGAGCCGUCCAGAAUGGAAAGAGAAAGUUCAUCAACACAAAGCGAAGAACCCAGAAGAUCCCAUUCCUAUUCCGCUCGAAGAUCCCACACCACAGGUAUAAGAUAAAAAAAAAUGAUAACAAGAAAUUGUAAACUCCCUGCUGUUGACUGGCCUAGAUAUAAUCUUUCUAAAUAGCUGGAUUUCUCGUUUUCAAUGAAAAGCCAAGGCAGUGGUUUAUUCAGCUGUAGUAUUUCUUGAUCUAGACAUCCGGCAAGUUAAAAAAAUUCGACUAUAUAUCAAUUUUAACCCCUUCACAACAGGCUUUACUUGAAUCUGAAGGCAAUCAUGAUUGUAAUUGUAACUAUACUUAUAACAAACAGCUUUGCUGCGUAGUUGCUCGUCGGAAUACAUUGUACAUGAAGAUUAAACGGUGCAUGAUUACUCACUCACUUUCUCUACUCUGUGUGUCUACACAGUGUUGGAUUCCAGUCUCAGAAAACCGUCCGUGGCACUGCCAAGUCCACCGAGAUGCUUUCUCAUAUGGAGAGGUUGCUCCUAACAUUGAUACUCGACUAAUUGUUGACUUGCGUUGGUUUGGAAAGGUCAACCCACGUUAUGAAAAUUGUGUUACGUUCUCACACACAAACAGAGACACAUUUGGAAUGCCUCAGCCAACUUUCCACUUCAAAAUGACAAAGGAAGAAGGCGACGAAGUUCACAAGAUGAUGACUGAUAUGUGCAAGGCAGCCACUGCUCUUGGUGGGUUCCUUCCUGGCUCAGAGCCUUCAUUUCAAAAGCCUGGCUUAGCCCUCCACAUAACUGUAAGUACAAGACUUUGCUAA